ACGACGAGCAAUCUCGCUUGACGGUCCAAAGAUUCGCUGUCGAGCGACCACUCGCAAGAGCAUGCGUCUCACCAAGGCCAUCGUUACAAUGCCGAGCGCAAAGCAAGCAAGGGAAUUCGACCUGAAUUCUCUCCGUGAGCUCCCUUCGUCGAGCUCGUUUACGGUGGCAAGUGCAGCUUCUCAGGAUCGAAACUAUCUCUGUCAGCAAAUGUUCCGCUGCCACCGAUGCGUACGAACUAGCCACACGCUGCUAUUUGCUUCUUCUCUCUGGACAGGACGGAAGAAUGGCCAUCAAAGUCCCGUGUUGCGGGUCUUGUAACCGACAAAUCUUGCCAUUUCGCAAAGAUCGCAACAGCCCAGUCCGGCAUGCACUACGCGUGGGUCUCGGACGACGAAGACAGCGAGGCCUCGGGCUUCCUUGAGCGCCAAAAUGCGAUCGCGCCGGCGCAUCUCGACGCCUCGUGCUUGAUCUGCCUCGAGGUGCCACGGCCCGCUGCCGACGACGACGUGCGCGUGCACCGGUGCAUCGACUGCGACGCCAUCUUUUGCGGCGGCUGCUACCGCCUGUAUGUGACGCACAAGAUUGUCAAUGGCCAGGUCGCGCCGCACCAGCUCGUGUGCCCCGGGCCAUGCCGACGACCGAUUCCGCGCCUCGCGCUUGCACAGGUCGUGUCGACGAGCCUCGUACAAAAGUACGUGCUUUUCCUCGAGGCGUACGAGCACCGGCAGCGCGGGCACCGCUUUUGCCCACGCCCCCAGUGCGGCCAGUUGCUACCGUCGCCGACAUUGCGCCAGAAGAAGACCAAGCGCCGCGUCGACUGCAAGAGCUGCCACCAUGCGUCGUGCCGCGACUGCGGCGGCGCGUACCACCGGUGGCCACAGUGCGACCGCGCGUAUCGGUCGUGGUGCCACGCCCACGCCGCGCAGCAUUGCCCACUGUGCUCGGCGACCAUCGAGAAGCACGGCGGCUGCAACCACAUGACGUGCACGCAUUGCUACUAUCAGUUUUGCUGGCGCUGCCGUACCAAGUGGGACGACCACAACGCGGUGCUGUGCUGGCCACUCGCGUACCUCCGCUCCAAACACAAGUUUUUUGGCCCCGUCGCGCCAGUCCGGUUUAUGACCAAGGCGGUCGUCGGCACGGUCGGUGCGGGCGUGGCCGUCGUUGCGGGUGUCGUUGCUGCGGGUGUGGCCGUCGCCGCGUUGCCACCGCUGGCCGUGUACUAUGGUGUUCGCGCCCUUCGCCCCCACCAAUAGGUGUGACGCGUGUGUACCCUAAACCCAAAUGUAAGGCAUUGUUCAGCAAUCAACUUCAAU